AUGAAAGCGAAGCCGUCCGGCAAGACGGCGACCGUCUCGGGGACUGCGGCCGGCGGCGCCCCCAGGAGGGCCACCGGCCCUGGCCCCGCUACCCGUGCCCGGAACCGCUUUGCACUGCCCGAAGACCAGACCAACGCCGCGUCGCGGGUCAUCGAAGUCGAGUUCCAGUCAACGGCCCACACAGCCGCUGGUGAAGAGCUAGACAAUCUCGAUGAAGACACUGCAGGGGUUCCAAUACCACAAGCCGAUCAGGACCAGAACGUCACAGGUGAGGCCGCCCAGGAAACGGAAGCCGCACCUGCCCAUAGUCACUGCCAAGACCAUGUUGCAGCCCUCCUCGACGGACACAGGCAUCUCUACGAAGAGAGGGUCAAGAAAAUCGAGGAAUUUGCAAGGCUAUUUGAUAACUUCAUCAACAAGGAAGAAGUCGCCGUAGACGACAUUCUUAGCGAUAUAACUGCAGCUGUCACAAAAGCCAUCAAGGAAAUUCUGGGAGAGCUUCAGCCUCCCGCACCGAAGCAUAAGGAAAUUAAGAAUACGACGAGCAGCCGCCGGACGUACGCACAAGCUGCCGCAUCCAACAUGGACCAUGAAUCAACCACACGGAAUAAACAAGGCGCAAUUAGUCGACGGGAGACCAAUGGGGACAAAGCUUCAUCUACUAGAAAGACCACGCAAGAUAAUCGCAUAUUCAUUCGCAUGGAACAUCAACAACUCGAGCCAUUCGGAAUCAAAUCCACUCUCGUACGACGUCUAGGACUCGGCACCCAAGACAUCCGGGAUGUGACCCGAUGUGCAACGGGCUUUGCCAUCCACCCCAAGGACAAGACCAUUCAGACGAGAAUCUUGACAUCGCACUUGGAGAUCACUGCGCUGCUCAACGCCAAGAAAGUGGAAGGACAUGUUGUCUGGUACCACUACAAGAUCCAAGGCUGUCCACGAAGACUGAUGAGUGCGGACGGCCUCCCCAUCGAGGUUGAUGAGACGAUAGUAAGCGAUGAAGUUGAGUCACAGACUGGAAUCCGGCCGGUCCGCUGCACUCUCUCACGUAGCACAUCCGAGGCCGACGCCGAGACUACCUGGCUCGUGUCAUUCACGAAGGAGAUCAAACGACAGUUUAGGCUGUUCGCGCACUCGAUGAAUGCGUACCGCCUUUAUAGCAGUCCCAAGAUUGUGCAAUGCGGUGACUGUUUCCGUUUUCACGGCCGAAACACCCGAUGCGACAGGAAAAUCUGCGAGCACUGUGCAGAGCCAAAGCACGAAGGCGCUUGCGCAAGACCUAUCCCUAGGUGCGCCAACUGCAAUAGCCCACACGCCGCCACCUUCGAGAAAUGUUCAGCCCGGCCGCAAGUGGUGAAGGGGGCGAUCCAAAAACUGACCUCGGAGCAACUCCGAGAGGUAAAGCGCGUGGGGAAUAGGGCAAGAUCCAAGGCCGUCAACGAGGCAAAGCGGAGUCUGGUGAACAGGGACGAGUCAAGUGGUGAUACUUUCAGUGAUACAUCGAACAGCGCGACCGGAACGUCUGACGAAUCAGAGGCUACUGGUAGCAGCCCCGGAGGUAGCGACAGCGGCGAGGAACAAAGCGUAGCUGUACCGCAAGCCUGUGAACCGACUGAAAUCGCCCUGAAUCUGGCCGAUGGGGAAGACGAGAGAGCGGAUGUUAUUUUAAUGCAAGAGCCGUGGGUGGGCACGCCGCCGAAGAGGAGGAUGAUGAUCAAGACGCAUCCCAACUACAAUGUCUUCUCCCCAGUGGACAGCUGGGACAGCGACGUGACGAGGCCCAGGUCUUUGAUCUACGUGAGAAAGCACCUGCACGCACAGCAGUUACGACCAUACAAAACGAGAGACGUGACGUGGGUCAAGGUGAGAGACAUUACUUUUGUCAGUGUGUAUAGAUCAGGGAGUGAGCCAGUAGGAGUGGACAAUAUUCUGGAGGCAUGGACACCGCCGUUGACCUGCGUGGUUGCUGGGGACUUCAACGCGGGUGAUAACUCGUGGGAUGCAAGCAACCCGGACUAUCACUGUGGGGCGGCACUCGCGAACACCAUGGCCGAGCAUGGCCUCGACCUCAUCUCGGAACCGGACGUGCCCACGCACGACGGCGGCAACGUCCUAGACCUGGCUUUCUCCGACGUCGCCAUGGCGGAAGCAGCAGUCGCCGACACCCCUCACUCCACCUCGGAUCAUGAGACGCUGAGAAUUGUUGUGCCGGUCUUCAAGGAGCUGGAGAAGCUGUCGAGACCAGAUAGGUGGGUGGUGCGAGACGAAGAUCUGCCUGACCUCGUGGCGAUGGUCGAAAGCAGACUUCAUGAAUUGCCCGAACUCGGCCACACGGGAUUGCAACUCGACGGCUACGCGCGAGUCCUAUGCGAUAUUAUCCAGAGUAGUGUCAAGAUAAAAGGCAAGAAAACGGGUCGGUUUAGGCCGACGGCAUGGUGGAACGAUGAAUGCAGGACGGCCGUUGAGGAGUACAGAAAGGCGGCCAAAGGCAUGAUAUGUCAAGAAGAGAAGGUGGCGGCGAGGAGGGAGUUCCGACGAGUGGUCCGUCAGGCGAAGAGGGAAUAUUGGCAAGCUCUCAUCGACGGAGCGGACAGUCCGAAAGAAAUUUCGAAAGAAAACCACACCUCUUUUGGAAACUUCUGCUUGUCAGAAAGAUAA